AUGUGUCAUUUUCUAUUAGCAAACACACGAGCACAAUACAAGAUUUUAGCUACAAAAGAAGAAGAGCGGAGGAAGGGGAGAGGAGUUGUGAAAGAAGAACAAAAAAUGGUUUUAAGGCAAUUAUUUUGUGUUGUGUUUGUGAUCUUAUUGUUGUCAGUGGCUUCACCGUUGAUGAGAAUCAAUGCAAGACGAAUACGUAAGCCAGAUAAUGGAGAGGAUGACCAAAAAGGGUUACCGAGUAUGCUACCAAGAGGUAUAGUGCCACCUUCAGGUCCAUCACCAUGCCAUAACAUGCUUUAUCACAAGCCAACCCGUUUUGCUCCACCUCCACCUCCACCUCCUUUUGAUCCGCCGGUUCCAUCUUCUCCUCCACUUACUCCGCCUCCUCUUUCCCCUCCGUUUCCUUUUCUGUUUGAUCCUCCUCCUCCGCCUGCAGACGAGAUCAUUUGUCCGUGA